CAGUAACAGUUGCUAAAUUGCUUUAUUAAAGCAAUUUGUUUAGCAACUGUUACGCGAAAAUUAUCAUAGCCAAUAUUACAAUCAAUUACAGCAUUUACUUCUUACAUAACUCUCCCAAUCAUUUCUCACAAUGGGUAAAUUCUACGACCAAAUCGACGACAAUCUCUCCGAAUGGGCCGUCGCCCAAUCCGUCUUCUUCACCGCCUCCGCCCCCACCUCCGGAAAACACGUAAACGUAUCCCCCAAGGGCCUCCCCUCCUCCUCCCUCGCGAUCCUGUCGCCGAACCAGGUCGCCUAUGUCGACGCGACGGGUUCCGGCAACGAGACCAUUUCGCACAUCUACGAGAAUGGGCGCGUGACGAUCAUGUUUUGCAGUUUUGAUGCUGCGCCGAGGAUUAUGCGGUUCUUCUGCACUGGGAGGGUGAUUGAGUGGGACGACAAGGAGUUUGAUUCGUGGCUGGCGAAGAUGGGGAAUAAGAAGAUCUUGGGAGCGAGAGCGGUGAUUGUGCUGGAUGUUUUUAAGGUGCAAACUUCGUGCGGAUUUGGUGUCCCCAAGCUGGUUAAGAUUUCCGGCUCUGCGGAUGACGAGGAGAAAGCCGCGGGGUGUGAGUAUGGCUUUGAAGACCGUGAUACCAUCGGCCACUGGGCGAAGAAGAAGAUGGACAAGAACGCAUUAUUUGAGUACCAGCAAAACAAUAACCAUGACAGCUUAGACGGACUCGCCGGGCUCAAGUCUGCCCGACGAGAUAGGGGAGAGCUAAUGUUGGUGGCGGACGUCCGGGCUUGGAUGAGGAAGGUCUGGGGACAGAAGGACGCGAUGUUGGUUGGGUUUAUGCUCGCCCAUUGGAUAUAUGUGGCGAUACUGGUUGCGGGGCAUUUUUCGCUGAUCUAGGCGUUGCCUUUUUACUGCAAGAAAUACCCAAAAAGUAUCAAGUGCGGUUGCAGGUAGCAAAUGAUGGAAACGAAUGAAAUGACCAAGUAUAAACACCGGAAUUAUGAUGGCGUUCAAAAACAAACAUGGGGAGAAACUGAAGACGGAGAGAUAAUACGGGGAAUACCAAAAUAUUUGGCAACUUACUUCGAGGCGCCGAGGGCCAUCUUACAACGAGCGAGUAGGAUUCAAUUACCCCUGAUAAAGUCGGAUCAGCAUGCAUUCAUUUGGAACUCCGGGCGUCUACUCAGGAGUUGACACAAUACACGACGUCCAGUCCGUGG